AUGGGAAGGACACCAUGUUGUGACAAGAAAGGUUUGAAGAAAGGACCUUGGACAGCUGAAGAGGAUGAAAUUCUUGCUAGUUAUAUCAAGAAAAAUGGUGGUCAUGGAAGCUGGCGUUCUCUUCCAAGGAUGGCAGGUCUUCUUCGUUGUGGCAAGAGUUGCAGGCUUAGGUGGACAAACUAUCUGAGACCUGACAUCAAGCGUGGUCCCUUUACCCUUGAGGAAGAGAAACUAGUCAUACAGCUUCAUGGCAUCCUAGGAAAUAGGUGGGCUGCAAUAGCCUCUCAGUUACCAGGAAGAACCGACAAUGAGAUAAAGAACUUAUGGAACACCCACCUGAAGAAACGUCUCAAAAGCAUGGGACUUGACCCUAGAACCCACGAGCCAUUGGCCUCAUCACCAUCUUACCCCUUCCACAAGGCACAUGCAUCUGUGUCCACACGCCACAUGGCUCAAUGGGAGAGUGCUAGGCUUGAAGCUGAGGCCAGGCUCUCAAAUGAGUCGUCAAGGUUCAGCCACAACACCAUCAAUCCCUAUUCAGAUACCAAAACCACUGACUCUGAUUACUUUCUCCGCAUUUGGAACUCUGAAGUUGGAGAGGCAUUUCGCAAUGUUGUAGUUCAUCAAAAAGCUGAUGACAACAAAAUCACCACUUCUAGCUCCUGUCACAGUCCUCUCUCUGCAGGAUCAUCUUCCAACAAGUGUGAUUCAAUUGCAACAAAUGCAGAUUUAGCUUCCAUUGCAGAAGAAAGCAUGCCCUCUAACAUUGUGAAACAAGAGAUGGAGUGGAGGACUCGAGGAUCUGAUUCUUCAAGCUCUAAUGACAUGGAGGAUUCAUCAGACACAGCUUUGCAGCUCUUGUUAGAUUUUCCCAUAAACAAUGACAUGAGUUUCUUAGAAGGAAACUCUUUUAUGUGUGCACUUUAG